UGUAAGCCGGAAGCUGAGCCUUUGAUCCGCUUGUAAGCCGGAAGCUGAGCCUUUGAUCGGCGCUGGAGCUUCAAUUAGCGUCGCAAUUGGGUUUCGCAGCUCUCAUCUUGGUAGCUGUGGAGAAGCGCUUUCCUGCGAGUGCUUGUGCGUCCCGAACGGCUGAUUGAGCAGGAAGCAUGAGGUCGUAGUUGGGUUUGAGCUCGCACCUGGAAUUCUCUCAGGUGGAGUUUGUAAGUCGAAGAGCAAGAGCACGAGCAAGAGCACGAGCAAGAGAAGGGGGUUCUUUGAGAGUUUUGGUGGUGGAAUAAUUGAUUUGUAGAUUGAGGAGGGUGAGUAGCAAUGGCGUGCGUUCAAUCGAAGGCCUUCGUGUGUAGAGCUGUGAAGAAUAAUGGUUUGGGAGUGCAGUCGCGUGAGUCCCACCAUGUGACUAUGUUGGAGCCUAGAGUUGGGCAAUUUCAGCCGUCGUCUUCGGGUUUCUCCUCCACCUUUGUUGUUCCUUUUGCUAGACGUAGGAAUAAUGUCCAGAGGAUGAAGGCAGGAGAGGUUGCUCGUGGCGCGCUUAUCCAAUGCAAUGGCUCAGCUCUCAGGAAAAGGCCUCAGUACGUUCCUAACAGAAUCGAUGACCCUGCUUAUGUGCGGAUUUUUGACACUACAUUGCGAGACGGAGAGCAGUCCCCGGGGGCUACAAUGACGAGCAAAGAGAAGCUUGAUAUUGCGCGACAACUGGCCCGUCUAGGGGUGGAUAUCAUUGAAGCAGGCUUUCCUAUUGCUUCUCCUGAUGACCUUGAAGCAGUGCGGCUAAUUGCUAAGGAGGUUGGGAAUCAGGUGGAUGAGGAUGGUUACGUUCCUGUGAUUUGCGGUCUGUCUAGGUGCAACAAGAAGGACAUUGACGCGGCGUGGGAGGCUGUGAAGUACGCAGUUCGACCUCGAAUUCAUACAUUCAUUGCCACCAGUGAAAUCCACAUGGUACACAAACUUAAAAAAACUCCCGAUCAGGUUGUUCAAAUUGCCAGGGACAUGGUGGCCUAUGCGCGGAGCCUGGGCUGCGAAGACAUUGAAUUUAGUCCCGAGGACGCUGGCCGUUCCGAUCCAGAGUUUUUAUACAGGAUUCUCGCAGAGGUCAUCAAGGCCGGUGCCACCACUCUCAAUAUCCCAGACACUGUGGGCUAUACAUUACCGAGUGAGUUUGGUAGUUUGAUUGGCAAGCUGAAAGCCAACACCCCAGGUGCAGAAAAAGUGAUUUUCUCCACUCAUUGUCAGAAUGAUCUAGGACUCGCUACAGCUAAUACUCUGGCAGGUGCGCAUGCCGGGGCUCGGCAAGUAGAGGUGACAAUCAAUGGAAUCGGUGAGCGUGCAGGCAAUGCCUCUCUCGAGGAGGUUGUGAUGGCAUUGAGGUGUAGGGGCCAGGAGCAGCUCGGUGGUUUGUUCACGGGUCUUAACACGAAGCACAUCGCUGUAGCAUCCCGGAUGGUUGCUGAUUACACAGGUAUGGUGGUGCAACCUCACAAGGCCAUUGUCGGUGCAAAUGCGUUUGCUCACGAGAGUGGAAUUCAUCAAGAUGGGAUGUUGAAACACAAAGGGACGUACGAGAUUCUUGCUCCAGAAGACAUUGGCCUAGUUCGUGCGGAUGCCUCGGGGAUUGUUCUGGGGAAGCUUAGUGGGCGCCAUGCCUUGAAACAGAGGCUGAAUCAGCUUGGUUACGAGAUAGACGGUCAGGACUUAGACGAUGUGUUCAAGAGGUUCAAAGCCGUUGCUGAGAAGAAGAAGAACGUAUCAGACGACGACCUAGAGAUUCUACUCUCUGACGAGGUUUUCCAGCCCGAAACCUUGUGGUCUGUAGGUCUCAUUCAGGUAGUAUGCGGCACUUCGGGACUAUCUACCGCCACGGUGAAGCUCGUAGGCCCUGAUGGCGUUGAGCACAUUGGAAUGUCAGUGGGAACAGGUCCAGUGGACGCUGCUUACAAAGCAGUGGAUACCAUUGUGAAAGCUCCAGUGACCCUCUUAGAGUACUCGAUGCACGCCGUGACUGAGGGCAUUGAUGCCAUUGCGCACACAAGAGUCCAGAUCAGGGCACUGGAUCCUCUUACGGUGACGAAUCCCCAAACGGGCUCACAAGUUCCUCGAUCAUACAGCGGCACUGGUGCAGCUGAAGACGUCGUUGUGUCCAGUGUUCGUGCCUAUAUUAGCGCCCUAAACAAAAUGCUUACCUUCAGAGUAGCGAAACAUCAUGCUAAGGGAGCCAACAGAAGUGAGGUGCAUGCUGCAGGUGUAUCUUCUUAACACCCGUUUUCUGGCUCUACAGGCUUUUUUAGAUUUAACGGCUUCAUCUGGAUACAAAUCUUGCUGGUGUCCCCCGUAGUCGAGUUCUAUUAUGGCUUUGUGCAAUGUGAUAUGAGUAUGUGCUUUUCUGUACAUCACAAGGGAGAGUCUAAUGUAGGGAUAAGACUAUCAGCUGGUGUUCAAUCUCAUAGCUUUUUCCAUCUUCUGGAAGAUACAUACUGCAUUGUGAGGCUGAAUGUUGGAAGACUUAUUAAGGCGUUCAUUUAGGGAGCUGGAUUUUUUCGCAUUGCUCGCUAGCUUUCUUUGGAACAAGAGUGCAGAUAUAAUGUAAUUUGUUUUUCAUUACAUGAUUGUGAUGUGAUUAAGGUUCAGCUUCUUUUAUCAA